AUACAUUUUGAGUUACACAACAGGGUAUUAAGGAAGUUUACUCCGUGUUCUUAUGUAUGAGGACAUGUAAACUGAGAGUGCUGGGUGUCUUGCAGUAAAUGCUUUUAAGAGAUAGGAGUUUGACAAAAUGUACUGCCUUUUUCAGUUUUGUAAGUGGAUGCUAAUCAGCUGGAAAACAAUCAAUGAAACAGUUCAAGAGCUUCAAGUUGGAAGUUUCCGAUGACAGCAAGAAUGGAGAUGAGUGACCAUGUCCACACUGCCCAUUCUAAUGGGGAUGCAGCUUUACAGCCAAUUCCACCCAUCAUUCUUUCUAUCAGGCGCGCAAGUCAAAAAGCAUCCUUUAUAACACACCAGCAGAGUCUCUCAGCAGUGAAACCAUACCCAUGUUCAGACUGUGGGAAGAGCUUCCAUCGUCUACAGCAUCUCAAAGUGCAUCAGCGCAUUCACUCGGGAGAGAAACCGUAUCAGUGUACAAAGUGCGGGAAAAGUUUUAGUCAGCUGUUUAACUUGCAAAGACACCAAGUAAUACAUACAGGGGAGAAGCCAUACAAAUGUACAGAAUGUGGAAGAUGUUUUCGACACCAGAGUAGUCUCCGAACACACCGCUGGAUUCACACUGAUGAGAGACCUUAUAAAUGCAAUGAAUGCAAGAAGCACUUCAGUCAAAAAGGACACCUUCUUGCCCACCAACAGAUUCACACAGGGGAGCGACCAUAUAAAUGUACUGAAUGUACAAGCUGCUUUAGCCAGCUUUGUAACCUUCGUAAACACCAGCGAAUCCACACCGGAGAAAAACCAUAUAAAUGCACAGUAUGUGAAAGGAGGUUUGGUGACUCCACUAGCCUCCGCACUCACCAACGGACUCACACUGGAGAAAGGCCGUACAAAUGUACAGAAUGUGAGAAGAGAUUUAGUCAUCGGAGCAGUCUACGUAUACAUCAACGGACUCACUUGGGAGUGAGGACUUUUAAAAGUACAGAAUCUCUGAAAGCCCACCGACGAAUGCUUCGAUUUAGUAUCCAGGACCAUGCUCGAAGUGGAGGGAAACUACAACAAGAAUCUACAGAACAGAUCAAGGCACUGGACAUAGCUCCACAAGGAUCGAAUCUCACUCAUGCCAUGUUAACACCUAACAGGGCUUCACUACCUGCAGAAAGGUCUUCUGAUUACUCCUUUGCUGGCUUUUCUAUGUCCCCUGGCAUGGAGAGGCCUAAUCCAGCUUUCACGUCUUCCACAGUAACAGAUUUCAGGACUACAGAAGGAAGCAAUCAGUGCUUUUCACUCCAUACUAAUCUUACAGGGCAGCCAGUCAUGGAUAUGCUAACCAGGAGGGCAGCACCUAUUACCCAUCCUGAAGCAUUGUUUGCUGGAACAAAAGAUGAUGUAAUCAAAGCAGAGGUAGAGGACAGCAUUCCUGUGACAUCACUUUUUGCAACAUGCCAUGUGGUUGAGAAUGUGGAUUCCAAAAAGCUUAACUCCCAGAUAACACAGACCUCUGGCAGAAUGCAUCUGCCUGCACAGGGAGCAUCCAAGAUUAAUUCUGAUGCUCAGACAGUGGAGUCAACUCAAGACAUAACCUGUGAAAGACCGGAAAGCUCUGGCCUCAAUUCCUUAAGGGGUAGGACACCUGAGAGGAGGACAUCUUCCUUGUUUGAUGCACCAUUUAAUUAUCCUAGCUAUCCACUUUGGCUGAAAGAGGAGGAGUCUUCUGCUUCAGAGCAUGGCACAAAAAUCGUUAAUGAGGUUUCUGCUGAGAUUGGUUCAGACAGGUCAACCAGCAUCAUAGACUGGACUGCAGAAGCAAGAUCAGUUUCAGAAAUGGAUGAUAAUGAUGAGGCAGUCUCAAAAACUGACAAUCAUCCGCAAAGCUGUCAGGAGAACAGUAUUCUGCAAUGUCUGCAAUCCCUUGUAGCUCUUGAGAAGCAGAGGCAGCAAGAUAUGAAGGAGGAGAGAGAAAGGGUAGAGAGACACCGUAGGGAAGAGCGUGAAUGUAGUGAGUGGUAUCAACGUGAAGUUAUACAGUCGCUGCAUGAAAUGGGUUCAAAGCUUACUGCCUGUUUUACAGAAGUAACCAGGCAAAUGAGUGAAGUGGUGGGACUUUUAAGGGGGCUGCAGCCACAGUCUAUUAAUGUCCAAGGUAGAGUUUGUAGGGCCCAAGACCAAGAUUUAGGAUCUGUUGGAAAUAUGGCAUUUAAUGGACCAGCAAGUGGGCAUUCACAACAGCAUCAAAAAUAAACAGUAAUUCAACCAGUUGAUGUACUAAAAUAUGGUGGGUAUUAGAAAUAGUUGGGGUUCUCAAGAAAAUGUUUAAAAUGGCAUGCAUCUCAAACGCCAGUUUGUUAUUGAAGGAUAUAGAUAUGUCCCUCAAGGACCCCCCCCUUAACUCUGGUAUAUUCAGCUGUGGGAUGUUGCUAAAUGAAUUGAAGACAGUAGUGACAUUCCAUUUCUGGGAGGGAAGGGAGCAAAGAGGGUGCAUUUCAGAAUUCUCUCUGAAGAACGUUAUUUGAGGCAUUGAGGCAGCUGGUUAGUUUUCUUAUGAGGUCAGGUUUCUGCAACAGUUAAGGAGUUUGCUGUAUUAGCAUUACUCAUCUAUCCCUAAAGUCACAGGCCUGUAAGGAGGCUGCAUAGUACCCUGGGAGUAUGUUUUGUGCUUCUGUGGUAUUGUACAAACUGCAACAAAAGGUGCAAGUAUUGUAUCAUCCCAUCCCAGAAAGUCCUAAGUGGAUUUUUGUGUUGUAAACUGUUAGAAGAAAUGUCUGUAGAUGAAAUCCAGCCAGAGCUUGUGCUAACCAAACGCAGCUGAUGUCAGGGGUCCUGGAGUCUGAAACUUAAAGAUUAUCGUUAGGCUGCUGUGAACAUGAGAACCAAAACAAAACAUCAUAUUCAGAAAAAAAUAUUGGCUUCCUUGCAGUUACAUGGAUUAACAUCCAAGAGUGCAACAUAUAUUAAAAAUUUCAACUUGUGUUGGCUUGGGAAAUGAUUUGUUGUGUAAUUUUUGGGAUGGGUGAAUACAACAACAUUCUUAAAGCCUAGCAAGAAGCAGUGUGAAAUACAAUGCAAAAGCUGCUGUAAUAUCCUUCAGGGGUAUAAUAUGGAAAGAAGUGCAGAGAUUCUUAUGAGCUACAGUUGAAGACAGUUUAAAUUGGAAUGAAAAAAGAUAUUGUUGGAUGCAGGUCCGGCUACCUCUGCUCCAUGUUAUAAGAAUUUAUUAUUAAUAAAUAAUUUCAUCUUGUUUAUUACACGUAAAAUGCUAAAUUGGUUGUAAAUUGUUAUAAAUAAGAUUCCUUUCA